UGCCCCUAGUUUGGAUGAUAAAAAGUACAGUGAGCAAUUCCUGCCCCCUGACGCCUGGAUUGACUCCCUAAGCAUGGCGCGAAAUUCCUCCCUGUCUCCUUGUCCAAGUGGAGAGGAGAACCAGGUGACCCAGAGUCAAGAAACUGAACCGUGUGCACCUUCAGAAAAUCAGCUUCGAGACUCCUAUCGUCAGCAGGCCUCUAAUGGUGCCUCUACUGCAGAUCAAGACUGCCAGCGCCACAGUCCGCCUUCCGUGCCUCUAGAGGGUUCCCACUGGCCUCCGAUGCACUGCUAUUCCCCAGAACCCGAGGGAAGUUGCCGGAGCUAUGCCAGCCAUAGCAGUGGCAGAGGAAGUAUGGAUCAGCCGAGCAGCAGGCAGUCUCUGUCUUUUAGCCCACCUCUAAACAGCUCCCUAGAGAUCCCCGAGGAGAGCGAUAGAGACGAGGCUGGCCAGCGCUCGCUACAUAAAUGCUCCAGGAGAGAUUCCGUCGAUGAGAACUACGAGUGGGACUCUCACUACGACUCCGUGAACUCUAAUGACCUCAAAACUUCAGUGAGCACAGUAUGCCUGCAGGGGGAGAUCCUGAGCAAGGGAAGACGGAGGAGUGCGGCGAACGACAGCAGGUUGGCCUUAAAGCAGGACAAGAGAGGUCUGUACCGCUCGGUUAGCAUUUUGCCCCCCAGCUGUGAAGAGUCUCUCCUGGAGCGGGAAAUUCAGCACGGCUCCAUGUCCUACUCUGAUCCUAAUCCUGCUGCUGAGGCGGUGUUAUUCUGAGUCUUAACGGAUCCUCUGGACCAAACAUGGUGGACCUCGAAACACGAGAGACUCCAUAACGUCGAUGAGAAACCAACAAAGACGCGGGACCCGUUUUUCGCGUUCAGUGUUCGAAGUUUCCUCGCCGCUUUCGCUUUCCGUUCCGCUCUACGCGACUUUAAACGCCUGUCGGGCGAAAUUAUGCAAACGAAGACAGCCCGAUACUUUCCCGGACAAAUCCAGCUGUCACGACAUCUCCAGUGACAUUUGAAUUCGGGAUAAUUUCCCCGUGGGAUUGAGGAGAGCGACUCCGAUUGGUUGCACUCACCGGUCUCAAAGGAUGAAGGAAAUGAAUCCCUCGUUUCAUCACUCGUCUGAGAUUACACCGAGGAGCAAAGUGACUCAAGAAACCUGCUCCAAAUAAACUGCCGCGCUCUUUCGGCACUGCGAUUCACACUUCCUGUACCUGCGAAAUGAAAGAGAACGAAAAAAAAAAAGUUCAUGCCAAGGAUGGAACAGGUCUAAAUCGAGGAAGGUUGCCAGUCCAUGUGGUCAGAUUCGGGUAUUUUCGAGUGCUUCAGAUGCAGUCCGAAGCAAACUUUCCGCAUGGCGGUUAGCCGCGGACUAGGAUAUCGAUCCGCGCUCGGAGACCGAGCAGUGGGAUUAAAAGCCUGGUCAGUUGUGAGUAAAAGUUCUAACGUGAAAGCUUUCUUUUUGCACUCCUUGCCUUUGGGAAUAACAUGAGAGGACGCAAACCGCGAUCGGUGCUCUGAGGGCGUAAGAGGUGAUCCAUUAUAUAAUGUGAAAAUGGCUUGAUGGAAGGCAGAGCUCUCUUUUUCAAAACAAAGCAGAAACUUACAUGAAGGAUUACAGCGAAAAGGACAGCCGAGAUCAGACUGUUAACUGUUUACGACACUUUUACAGUCAAUAUAUUCGAUAUAUUUUCCACAUUUACUUCCAGACACUUUAUCCUCAUUUAUGAAAACGUACACGAAUGGAUUGAUUAGUCAGUUAUUUGCAGGGGGAUUUAGACACGAAAUGUAGUUUCAUGAAAAUCCAGUCGUAUUUGUGUACAUUUAUAUCACUUAAGGAGAGUCACUAAUGGGAACCUCGAUUGAUCAGCUUCAAAACGUAUAACCGUUGAUGAGUUGCUUCGAUUUUAUAAUAUGGAUUACUCUGUCAAGUUGACCUCACUUAUUCAUUUCCAUUACACACCUCAGUUCCUGGGCGCACGGUAGCUUAGCGGUUAGCACGUUCGCCCUAACCUUAACCCUAACCCUGCCCUCUCUGGGCGGAGUUCGCAUGUUCUCCCCGUGCUGCUGGGGUUUCCUCUGGGUACUCCGGUUUCCUCCCCCAGUCCAAAGACAUUCAUGGUAGGCUGAUCGGCAUGUCCAAAGUGUCCGUAGUGUAUGAAUGUGUGUGUGAGUGUGUAUGUGAUCGUACCCUGCGAUAGAUUGGCACCCCGUCCAGGGUGUACCCCGCCUUGUCCCCUGGGAUACUCUCCAGAUUUCCCCACGACCCAGUAGGACAAGCGAUUAUAGAAGAUGGAUGGAUAGACCUCAAUUCCUUGACUUCU